GAGCGCCGCCCAGGAUCGCGCCUGCUGGUUUGGUUCGAUUGCGAUGAGUGGGCGCACGAGCGGCUCCUGCUCUGGCCCGUCCACCGGGACCGGCGCCACGAGUGCUGCGUGGUGGAGGCCCGACGGUGACCGCUACGUGGAGCGGAAGGCGGACUGGCGCUGGCACGCCUCGCUGCUUCACGGGUGGCCCGAGGGUUUCCGCGGCGACGUCGUCAGGUUCCAAGGGGGGCUCUCGCGCGAGGUGCUCCGCCAGAUGGUGUUGGGGGGCCGUGAGCUCGAGCGCGAGGAGCGCCGCAGGCGCCGCUUGCCCGCGGGGCUGGGCGCCCACCUCGGGGAGGAGUCGAGCAUGAUGGUGGGCUGGCACGGUGACGAGCGCGGCCUGGACAUCGGGGUGCUCGAAGGCGCGCGGCGGCGGCUCAGGGGCAAGCGUGAUCUCACGAGCGCCCCGCGGGCCCCCGAGGCUCCCGGCGACGAGGAGGCGACGCGCCCGGCCUUGGGCCCGCCCCCGCUGGAGGACGCCGAGAUGGUGCUGCUGGUGGCGGAGCUGCGCGCGGGAGGCGGUCUGCAGCUCGGCGAUGAGGUUGCGCCGACCUCUGGCGACGUCGCGGUAGGGUCGAAGGUGAUCGGCAGCCGCCCCGAUGGGCGCCCCGUGCUGUGCGAGCGGGUCUCGAUCGGCGACGUGGCCACCUGGCGCGCCGAGGCGCUUGCCGGCGCUGGCUGGGUAGCUGAGCGGGUGGCUCUGGCCGAUGCAUCGCCGCCCGCCGCCGAGGCCCCCCUCGACCUCCGCGACAUGACCCGCGCGGAGCCCACCGCCGUAAGAGGCGCUGACACUCCUCGCGAGGGCGGCGAGGCCGCCAGUCGCGAGGACGUCCGAACGCUCGCAGUGGAGUGGAACGAGCAGGGGGCGAGAUUCAAGGGGCGGCGCCGUGCUGUAGGAGAGAGCUGUGAGGGGGCUCUGGACGGCUGCGAGCUUCGAGGGGCUGGCACGGCGCUUCACUUUUGCCGGCGGUUCACGCAGCGCGGGGGAGAUCCUAAGACGUGGAUGUCCAAUUUCUGCCGGGAGUACGGCAUCAGCCAGCGAGACCGCACGUGGCGCGAGCUGAACUGCUUGGUCACCAUCUCCUGGCUGGCGGGGACCUUCGUCGCGGUGAACCUUGGCGGGCUGGCGUGCCUGGAGGUCGCGGCUCGGCGCGUGGCGCAGAUCACCAAGGCGCAUCGGGUCGCGCCUGGGCAGCCGGCUGCUUGGGGGGCGGGGCGCGUCCUCACGGGCACCGGCGGCCCCUUCGACGUGGCGUCGCCCGAGCUGCGGAGCUUGGCGAACCGCGCGGCCCGCGACGAAGCGGACCGCCUGGUGGCGCUCGGGCGCGGCCGUGCGCUGGCAGCGGGCGGGCGCGGCGCGGGGGGCAGUGGCGAUGUGGCUGGCGCGCUGGAUGCUGGGCGGCCCCCCUGCGCGGGCGCCGGGGAUGGCGGCGGCAGAGGCCGCGUGGGCGCGGGGCCGGGGGUGAGGCGCCUAGGCGAGGAGCUGGGCGACGCCCUGGGCGGCCUGGACACCUGGCUCGGCGUAAGUGACGUGAAGGACUGCUUGCGCGGGCUCCUGCUCGACGACGGGCCUGGGCUGCAGGAGUUCUUCGGCUGCCCCCCGCUGUGGGCCUGCGAGCUGGGUCUGACGCAGCUGGGCGGCGCGGUGCUAGGCAAGGGCGCGCUGAUUUUCCCCCUGGCGCGCGCGUUGCCGAUGGGGCGGGCCUGGUCGCUGCGCUUCGCCCAGUCGGCCAGCGCGCGCCGCAUGGCGAAGCUGCGCGAGCCGGAAGGCGCGCAGGAGAUGACCGACCGCGGGCCCCCGCUGAUCCUGGGCGGCCCGCGGGUUCGCGCGGCCAUGACGGCGGCCGCGAAGUCCCGUGGCGCCGUCGGCCUCGAGGUGCACGAGACCUCCUUGAGCAGCGCAGGCGGCGAGGCCUUGGGCGUGCAUCUGGGCGGGCGCGCAGGCUGCGCUCGGCCUGCUCCCGCCAGGUUCUGGCGAGUUCGAGGCGCGGUGCAGGCGCUGUUGCGACGCCGCAGGGUGAGUGGCCUGGAGCUGGAAAUCGUCGUGGGCCACCUUGCCUUCGUGGGCCUGGUGCGCCGCGAGAGCCUGAGCUGCUUCCGCUGCAUCUACCGGUUCAUUCAGCGCCACUACUUCGAGCGGGUUGCGCUGUGGGACAGCGUGGUGCAGGAGCUGCGGGCCUUCUCUGGGCUGAUGAUAUACCUGCGCGCGGACUGGGUCGCUGGUUGGCUGCCUGGGGCCUGCCAGUCGGACGCGUCGCUCGACGGCUUCGGGCCGGCCUACUCGCUGUGGGGGCCAGAG